GAGCGGGCGGCGGCGGCUGCUGCUCCGGCGGCUCCGGCUUCCUCCGCCCCUUCCGCCCCCCUCUCCCCCCCCGCCGGCCCAGCCGAGCCCGGAGGCCCCCGGUGGCGCCGCAUGGAGCAGCCGGCGGCGGGCUGAGCCCGUGCCCGGAGGGAGGUCUCAUGGUACCGAGUGAAGUGUCCCCACUGUGAGAUUCACUCCUCCCCCCCGACCUGAGAAGAUGUCAGGGAUGCAGGCCGUUUGGCCGUCCGGUACAGAAUGUAUUGCCAAGUACAACUUCCACGGUACGGCCGAGCAGGACCUGCCCUUCAGCAAAGGAGAUGUCCUCACCAUCGUGGCUGUCACCAAGGAUCCCAACUGGUACAAGGCAAAGAACAAGGUGGGCCGGGAGGGCAUCAUCCCUGCCAACUAUGUGCAGAAGAGGGAAGGAGUGAAAGCUGGCAUCAAGCUCAGCCUCAUGCCGUGGUUCCACGGGAAGAUCACGCGGGAGCAGGCGGAGCGGCUGCUGUACCCCCCCGAGACGGGGCUGUUCCUGGUGCGGGAGAGCACCAACUACCCUGGGGACUACACCCUCUGUGUCAGCUGCGAGGGCAAGGUGGAGCACUACCGCAUCAUCUACUCCUCCAGCAAGCUCAGCAUCGAUGAGGAGGUCUACUUCGAGAACCUCAUGCAGCUGGUGGAGCAUUACACCACGGACGCAGACGGGCUCUGCACCCGCCUCAUCAAACCGAAGGUGAUGGAGGGGACGGUGGCAGCGCAGGACGAGUUCUCCCGCAGUGGCUGGGCCCUCAACAUGAAGGACCUCAAGCUGCUGCAGAUCAUUGGCAAAGGAGAAUUUGGAGACGUGAUGCUGGGGGAUUACCGGGGGAACAAAGUCGCCGUGAAGUGCAUUAAAAACGACGCCACAGCGCAAGCCUUUCUGGCCGAGGCGUCCGUCAUGACGCAGCUCCGGCACAGCAACCUGGUGCAGCUCCUGGGGGUGAUCGUGGAGGAGAAGAGUGGCCUUUACAUCGUCACCGAGUACAUGGCCAAGGGCAGCCUAGUAGAUUACCUGCGGUCGCGCGGGCGGUCGGUCCUGGGCGCAGACUGCCUGCUGAAGUUCUCCCUAGAUGUCUGUGAAGCCAUGGAGUACCUGGAAGCCAACAACUUUGUCCACCGGGACCUGGCGGCCAGGAACGUGCUGGUCUCAGAGGACAACAUCGCCAAGGUCAGCGACUUUGGGCUGACCAAGGAAGCCUCCUCCACACAGGACACAGGGAAGCUGCCAGUGAAGUGGACAGCACCAGAAGCACUUAGAGAAAAGAAAUUCUCCACCAAGUCGGAUGUGUGGAGCUUCGGGAUCCUCCUCUGGGAAAUCUACUCCUUCGGGCGAGUGCCUUAUCCGAGAAUCCCCCUGAAGGACGUGGUACCCCGCGUGGAGAAGGGCUAUAAGAUGGAUGCUCCCGAUGGUUGCCCUGCCGUCGUCUACGAGGUGAUGAAGAAGUGCUGGACCCUGGACCCCGGCCACCGGCCGUCCUUCCACCAGCUCCGCGAACAGCUAGUGCAUAUCAAAGAGAAGGAGCUCUACCUGUGAGGGGGGGGCUCACCCACCCACCCACCCCAGCAGCCAGAGGGGACCCACACCGGGGAGGGCACAGGGAUGUGAGCAGCAUCCCCCUCUUGCCCGACCCCAGCACCAGAAGCAACCAGACGGGAACCCCUCGGGGGAGUGUUUCCUCCCCUCCCAAAUUCUCCUGGUUGCUUCCAAACAUCCAAAUCAAUUUUUUUGGUUGGUUGGUUUCAUUUUCCAGAUUGUAAGGGUUUGGACUUCUUUUGGGUCUCCUUUUUUUUUGGGGGGGAGGGGCCCUUCCAGGCUCCCCUUUUUCUAUCUCCCAAGCUCUGUUGUUUGGGUUUGUUUGGUUUGGGUUAUUUUUUUCCACUCUCCCAAGCUCCUUUUUUGUUUGCUUUUUAUUUUGGGGGUGGUUUCUUUCUGUUUGUCUGCUUUUUAUUUUGGGGUGGUUUCUUUCUGUUUGUCUGCUUUUUAUUUUGGGGUGGUUUCUUUUCCUUUGUUUUAUUUUGGGGUGGUUUCUUUUUCUUUUGUUUUCUUUUGGGGUGGUUUCUUUCUGGUUUGGGCUUUUUUUUGGGGGUGGUUUCUGUUUGGGUAUUUUUGGAGUGGUUUCUUUUUGUUUGCUUUUAAUUUUGGGGUGGUUUUCUCUUUGUUUCUUUGUUUUAUUUUGGGGUGGCCUCUUUUUUGUUUUAUUUUGGGGUAGUUUCUGUUUCUUUGUUUUAUUUUGGGGUGGUUUUGAGGGUUUUUGGGGUGAUUUCUGUUUGGGUAUUUUUGGGGUGGUUUCUUUUUGUUUAUUUGCUUUUAAUUUUGGGGUGGUUUCUUUUUAUUUGUCUUACUUUGGGGUGGUUUCUUUUUAUUUUCUUUUGGGGUGGUUUCUUUAUUUGUUUUAUUUUGGAGUAGUUUCUUUAUUCAUUUGUUUUCUUUUGGGGUGGUUUCUUUUUCUUUGUUUUAUUUUGGAGUGGUUUCUUUCUGUUUGUUUGCUUACUUUUAUUUUUUGGGUGAUUUUGUUUGCUUGCUUUUAAUUUUGGGGUAGUUUCUCUUUGUUUUAUUUUGGGGUGGUUUCUUUUUGAGCUUUUUUGGGGUGGUUUCUGGGUAUUUUUUGGGUGGUUUCUUUUUGUUUCUUUUCUUUUGGGAUGGUUUCUUUCUGUUUAUUUCUUUUAUUUAGGGGUGGUUUCUUUCUGUUUAUUUCUUUUAUUUUGGGCUGUUUUCUUUCUGUUUGUUAUAUUUUGGGGUGGUUUCUUUUUGUUUCUUUCUUUGUUUUCUCAGUUUUGGGGGUUUGGGGUUUUUUUUUGGUGGGGUUGUUUUGUUUUGUGGUGGUUUCUUUUAUUUUGGGGUGGUUUAUUUCUGUUUGUUUGUUUUCUUUUGGGGGUGGUUUCUUUUUCUUUAUUUUCUUUUGGGGUGGUUUCUGUUUGUUUUAUUUUUGGGUGGUUUAUUUCUGUUUAUUUAUUUGUUUUCUUUUGGGGUGGUUUCUUUGUCUUAUUUUGGGAUGGUUUCUGUUUGUUUAUUUGUUUUAUUUUGGGCUGGUUUCUUUCUGUUUGUUUUAUUUUUGGGUGGUUUGUUUCUGUUUAUUUGUCUUAUUUUGGGGUGGUUUCUCUUGUCUUAUUUUGGGGUGGUUUCUUUUGUCUUAUUUUGGGGUGGUUUCAUUUGUCUUAUUUUGGGGUGGUUUCUUUUUCUUUGUUUUAUUUUUGGGUGAUUUCUUUUUGUUUGUUUCUAGUUUUCUCAGUUUUGGGGGUUUGGGUUUGGUUUUUUUUUUGCAGGGAGGGGGUUGGGUUUUGGUUUGUUUUGGUUUGUUUUUGUCGUCGUCGUUGUCGUUGUUGUUAUUUUCUUUUCCAGGCUUUGUUUGUUUGUUUUAUUUCAAGCAGGACCCAGCCAAGCUCUGGGUGUUUUACUAAAAAGUACGAAUCUUAUUUUUUAAUGUAAUUAAAAGGAAAAAAAAGGUGUGUGGGGGGGGAAACAUUAAAAAAAAAAGAGAAGAAAAAGGAAAAAAAAAAAAAGAAGAAGUAAAAAAAAAAAAAAGAAGGAAAAAAAGAUAAGAAAAAGAAAAAAAAAAAAGAAAAAGGAAAAAAAAAGAAAAAAGAAAAAAGAGAAGAAAAAGGAAAAAAAGGUUAAAAAAAGACAAUAAAAAGAAAAAGGAAAAAAAAAAGAAGAAAAAAAAGAAAAAAAAUUAAAAAGAGUAGAAGAAAAAGGAAAAAAAAAAAGAUAAAAAUGAGGAAAAAAAGAGACAAAAAGGAGAAAAAAAUAAGAAAACGUUAAAAAAAAAAAAAAGAGAGAGAGAGAGAGAGAAAAGGGAGAAGAAGAAUAAUAGCAAAACUAAAGAAGCCAAUGAAAUGGACAGAGGAACAGGAAACCCCAGCGACAGAAGUGAUGGUUCCAGGGCAGACGCAGGACUGGCUGCCUGCUGGGGGCAGCGCAGCCGCGGCCCUGCCAGAUGCUUUUCUAUUUUAUUUUAUUAUGGGUUUGGGUUUUGUUGGUGGUUUUUUGUUUCGGUUUUGGUUUGUUUUGGGGUUUGUUUUUUUUUUUUUCGGGGGGGAGGGGAAGGGGUGGGAUGGAGUCGUUUUGCUUUAAACUCGUUGCAAUGUUUGCAUGCUGUCUCCAGAGGCCUUUUUUUCCAGUCCUGUCCAGUGCUUUAUUCUCAUGUAAUGCUACCGACUGUGAGAUUAAAACUGUAAUAAAGACGACCAAGCCACCA